CAUCUCGUGUGCCUUUGGCGCCGUUCCGCUCCGCCAAUUCGCCUGUUGCGCCCCUCUGCUCCGCCACGGCGUCUAUUGCGCCCCUCUGCUCCGCCCUGCCGCCUGUUGCGCCCCUCCGCUCCUCCCGUGUGCCUGUUGUGUCCUUCCGCCACGACCAGGCGCCUGUUGCGCCCCUCUGAAGCUCAGCGGGAAGUCCUUUUGGGCUCUGAAGACAGGGAAGACUGGAAUUUCUAUCUUCACUUAACAAAGCGAAUGUAGACUCUUCAACGAUUAACAUUCAACGAUACCACUAAAGGUCCUUCCGAGUCAUUUUGAAUCUGUAUCAGCGGCACCUCAUCAGCUGCAAAAGUUCUCCGUCUGAAGGAAGGAGGAGAGGCAGAGGGGGAAGGAGGUGAAGAUGGAGACCAAAAGCAGGAGCCGUCUCCCUCCAGCCAUGGUGUGGUGCGAGCGGGGGAUCCAGGUGUUGCUGACCACCAUGGGGGCCUUCGCGGCCUUCGCCCUGAUGACGGUGGCCAUCGGCACAGACUACUGGCUGUACGCCCGCGCCUUCAUCUGCAACUCCACCGCCAACUCCAGCCAGGAGGAGACCAGCAGCAAGGACAAGAAGGACCCCGGGGCCCUCACACACUCCGGCCUCUGGAGGAUCUGCUGCCUGGAGGGUCUGAAGAGGGGGGUGUGUUCGCAGAUUAAUCAUUUCCCAGACGACGCAGACUACGACCAGGAUGCUGCCGAGUACCUACUGCGUGUGGUGCGGGCCUCCAGUAUCUUCCCCAUCCUGAGCGCCACCCUGCUGCUGCUGGGCGGAGUCUGUGUGGCGUCCAGCGGCUUCUACCGCAGCAAGAGGAACGUCAUCCUGGGGGGCGGCAUCCUGUUCGUUGCCGCCGGCCUCAGUAACAUCAUCGGGGUGAUCGUCUACAUCUCGGCGGCGCUCAGCGACAUCUCGCCCAAGAAGGACGAGGAUAAGAAGUGGCACUACUCCUACGGCUGGUCCUUCUACUUCGGGGGGCUGUCCUUCAUCCUGGCCGAGAUGGUGGGGGUCCUGGCCGUCAACAUCUACAUCGAGAAGAACAAGGAGCUGCGCUGCCGCUCGCGCGCCCACCUCUUCAAGAGCUCCGCCCACGCCAUGCUCCGCCUCCCCAGCUACCGCUUCCGGCGCUCGCGCUCCUCCUCGCGCUCCACCGAGCCCCCCCGCUCCCCCGAGGGGUCCCCCGACACCGCCUCCAAGACCUUCGCCCCGCCGCCCGCCGCCCCGCCCUUCUCCGUGGCCACGCUGCCCAACCCCCACCACGGGGGGGGCGGGGGGGGCGGGGGGGACAUCUCCAUGUACACGCUGGGCCGGGACUCCAAGCUGGGCAGCCUGGGGGGCGGGGCGCCCCCCCCGCUGUACGGCACGGUGGACCGCGCCGCGCUCUACCAGCUGCACAACUACUUCCCCAAGGAGGGGGCCGGCGGCGGCGCGCUGGGGGGCACGCUGCCCUCCCUCUCCAAGUCCAACCUGGCGGCGGCGGCGGCGGCGGCGGGCCAGGGCUCCGCCCCCCUCAGCACCCCGGGGUCCGGGACCCCCCCCCAGCAGGCCCCCAUGUCCACCGCCACCAUGGAGCGGGGACCCGGGACUUGGCGCCCAGCCGGGUCGCAGGGUUCCCACCGGCUGGGCGCCAAGAGGGACCGCGACAGCAACUCAGACACGCUCAACCGCAAGACCACGCCCGUCUAG